GUGAUUGAUAAUAGAAAAUUGAUCAGCUGUGACUUAUUACUGAACUGUUGAAACUCUAAUGCUCCCACUAAUUUGUUUGAUUAAUCAGAUUAUCUAGACCCAAAUGAUGCAGAUUAAGCCUGGGGUUUUCUGGCCCCUGGAGGUCUGGGGCCCCUGGGCACUUGCUUGCUCUGCCUGACCUGGACACAGGAUCCCUGCAGGUCUUGCAAGUUUGUCUAUGUCGUCUAAACACACUGGAGAUGAUGUGUUUAAGAAACUACAGUAUCGUCCUCCUGCUGCAUGUUUAUCUGGUUGAUCAUGUUGCAUGUUUAUCUUUCAGUAAUAUUUCGUUUCAUUGAGUCACAGCUCAGAGGAGAAGGUUGGGGGAGUUCAGCUGCUUGUUGCUUCUCAGAGAGUUGAUACAGAUCAGGAUAUUUCCCUUGAACGUCUCCUGUCACCACAGUGGUCUGAGCUUCAUCCCAGAUAUUCAACAACACUGAUGAAGCAGGAAGCAGUCAGUUUGUUUCAACAGCAAUCACUGACUAAACAUGUGCAGAAGAAGAAAAGCUCCAGUGUUUGGACCUCGAACGACCCAGAAACAGACAAUGAGCUUCAGUUUGAAGAGAAACAAAGAGCAGAGGAGGUCAGCAGCCAACAGACAUAUACAACAACACAGUGUUCACAGCUCCACCACAGCGGCUGUUUGUUUUUCAUCAUCAGGCCACUCAGCUCACUCACAUGAAACAUUCAUUUAAAUCAGCCUCUCAGUCAGCCUUCUCUGAACCAACAUCAUCAUCAUCCUCUCAGACAGAGAGGAAAAGGAAAACUGAAGGCAUGAUUUCUGGCUUCCCCCGGAUCUCCAUCCUAAAGGGACAUUGGAGCAUCUGAACAGGUUCACUCCCAGACUGCAGGGGUCACUGUUCACUGAUCCUCUUUUUGAUGAAUGGCUUAUGUUGCUGUUGCCAGUGCACUGGACCCACAGUGGCGAUUUAAAAACCAGCUCUUCUUACCUACCCUUAACAUGAACCUUCAGUGACACAAUGCACCAGGUCUGGAGGAGGAACAUGCCUUUAAGUCCUAGUUCCUACACAACGUCCAUGAGAGUGUGUGAUAUGUCACGUGCACUGCAGAACGAGUCACCACCAUUCAGGAGAGACGUGUGUGCCCGGCUUCAAGUCCCAAAGGCGGAACCAGAGUCCUGAGGAUCCAAGCAUCAAACCAAAGCAGCUUCCCCUGCAGCACACGUUUGGUUUCUGCAUUGCAACAGUCGUAACAAGCUCCUGAGUUUGAGAAACCUUUCAAGAACCAGGUGGAUGCAGGUGAAACAGAAAGUGGACAUCCUGUCUGCUUCAGUUAUUGAGAGGAGGAUUGAUCAGACUGACGUGAACCUCAUCAUGGACCUGAACAGAAUCGAGGGGCUGAAUGAAAUCCGUCUGUCUGUUUACAGAGCCGCCAUGAAGCUUCUGUCUCUGCAGAAACUCUGUCAUAUGCACGUUGUGUCCGUUCGACACAUUACGGCGGCCGUCAGUUCGGUGGGCGGGACUCAGCGGCAGGAUGUGGGGCUGAACAGGGAGGAAGUGACCUUGACUCUUAACAGGAUGUUUCAUGGCGUGUCCCAGGAAGUGCCAGGUCAUGUGACCAUGCAGGCUCCAGAGGAGAUGUGCAGUGUGAUGUUCAGACUGUAUGACAGGACUCAGGUGGGUUCUGUACCUGCUGCAUCUCUUCAGACGGCUCUGAUCGCUCUGUCCUCUGACAAUCUGCUGGAAAAAUACACAGCUCUGAUGAGGGUUUCAGACAACAGCUCAGGAUCCGUCAGCAGGUCUGGACUCAGGGCUUUACUGCAGGACCUCAGCCAGGUUCCAGCGGCGGUGCAGGAGGAAGUAAUUUUUGGCGGAGUGGAGGCGGCGGUGAGGUCGUGUUUUAACGGGGUGUUGACCUCUACGGCGAGUGAAGAACAUGUUUUGUCAUGGCUGCAGACUGAGCCACGUCUGUUGCUAUGGUUACCAACUCUGUACCGGCUGUCAAUCAGUCAGAACGUUAGUCACACAGUCCGCUGCCACACCUGCAAGACCUUCCCCAUCACUGGCCUCCGGUAUCGCUGUAUGAAGUGUGUGAAAGUCCACGUGUGUCAGAGCUGCUUCCUGACAGAAAGACACACGAGGAAACACAAAACCCACCAUCCAGUUCUUGAGUUCUGCAUACAGCCCACCUGGAGGGAGUCUCUUUGCUCACUAGUGCACAGCGCUCGUCACACCCUGUUGCCACGGCGAUACACUCAGAGAGAGGCUGACAGGAGGAGGGUCCUGAUAUGGGCGGAGCCAGGGGAGACGCGGGACAGUGCUCCGCCCCCUUCUGAUGUCUCUACACAAUUGGCUGACUCAGCUGUCUGUCACAGUCCAUCCUCCAACAGAGAUGCUUCCCAUGAUGCCUCAGUGCGACCUCCUCCCAGCUCAUUGUCCUUGUCUAAAGUUGUGCAGACUGAUGAGGAGAUGCUGACUCAGCAGUUGAAUGCAUCGGCUGUGCUGACUGAGGUCAGGAACCUGCACCGAGACAAAUGGCUGCUCGAGCAGGAGAUGCAGGCGUUGCGGCUCACCGUACAAUCAGAGCAGGGCAUCCUGGAGGACAGGUGCUCGGAGAUUGAGGUUACCAUGGAAACACUGAGACAACACAACCUGCGUCUGCAGGGCAUGCUCACACGGGCUCAACGACACGCCAACAGCACGCCACACAGUGUUGACAUGGAGAGAGGUGAUGUCACACCAACUUCUGACACACAGAGAAACACUGAGGAAGAGGAAGAGGAAGUGUUGAUGAAGGACGAGUCGAGUGAGGACGAACAACAAUCUCCAUCUCCCACAAUCCACCAGGGCACUCCUCUGUCACAUGAUGUCUGCUGUGAGGAGGAAGGGUUUGCAGGUGACAUGUGUCUCUGCCGGCCAAUAGGACAAGAGGAUAGACCAGAGGAGGCGGGGCUACAGAACGUAGACACCUGUCUGUCUCAAGAAGAAGAAGAGGAGGAGGAAGAGGAGGAUUGUGGGAUGUGUAGUCUAGAGGAGCUGCUGCAGGAAAUUGUAGACGGACUGAAGACUGUCAUGGAGACAGACAGGUGGAGGGAGAGACAGACAGGUGAGAGGAAGAGGGUGGAGCUUCUGGAUGCUGCAGACCAGGUGGGAGACUGUGUACACUGCCUGGUGGAUGCUGUGAGAACAAACGCACACUGACCAGCCCCUGCAGGUCCAGUGGACGCCUCUUCUUCCUGGAACGUUUUGGGGCGGAGCCUGGUGCUAGUGUGCAGGAGGGGGCGGGGCCUGAGGGGGAGCAGAGCAGGUAGACCAAAGAAGUGCGAGGCUGCACAGGUGUG